AUGCUUGUAAUAAUAUUUAGUACCUAUGUUUUUCUGGAAUUUAAAAUUAAUAUUUUACCAGACAGUAUUGUUGUAAUAGUCAUCGGAAUGAUAAUGGGAUUAAUUAUUCGACAAUGGGGAAUGGCAGGUGCGGCUACAUUUAAACUCGAAAGCGACUUUUUCUUUUUGUUUUUGUUGCCACCAAUCAUUUUUGAGAGCGGAUACAAUCUUUCGAAGGGAAACUUUUUCGGUAAUAUUAUCAGCAUACUAUGGUAUGCAGUGGCUGGCACAAUUAUCUCCACCAUAGUCAUUGGUGUUGGAAUUGGAAUUUUCGGAAUUGUUCCAUGGAUUGACUCCUUUGCUUUUGCUAGUUUAAUAUCAAGCGUUGACCCUAUUGCAGCCCUUACUGUUUUUAAUGGAAUUAAGGAAGAUUUAGGAGAGAGAAAAACUGCCAAAAUUUCCAUGCUAAUUUUUGGAGAAAGUACAUUGAAUGAUGUAGCCGCCAUGUUGCUGUUCAGGUCUUUUGACACAUAUGCUAGAUUUCCAUCUUCUGCAAAUAUUUCUUUCUCUGCUUCUGCAAUUUCUUUCAUGAAUCAUUUACUGCUCUCAUUCUUUGGGUCUCUAAUUAUUGGAGUCUUAGUUGCCCUUCUUUCAGCUUUAAUUUUCAAAUACUUUCAUUUCUACAAGUAUCCAUCGUUAGAACUCACAUUGAUGGUUAUCACAUGUUAUGUACCCUAUGUGUUGGCUGAAGGCUUGGAGCUGUCUGGAAUUUUGUCUCUGCUUUCGAGCUCUAUUAUUAGCAGUCACUACACACGACUCAAUUUAAGCAAGAGAACACAAAUUACCAUUGACCAUGCUUUAAUGAUGUUUUCCUAUAUUUGUGAAACCAUCGUCUUUCUCUAUUUGGGACUUGCUACAUUCACUUAUAAUCACAGAUUUCACUUUGGAAUGAUUGUAUUGGCCAUUAUACUUUGCAUUUUAGGCAGAAUUGCCAACAUUGUUCCAAUAUCCUAUCUGUUGAAUACUUUCUUCAGUGCCAAUAUAAGUAAAAAGGCACAAGUAAUUUUGACCUGGUGUGGCAUGCGAGGAGUGAUAUCUUUAGCUUUGGCGAUGAGUCUUACUGAAACUCAGUACAAAAACACCAUUGUAACCACAACUCUAGUCAUUGUAUUACUAUCUAUUCUAGUAUUUGGUGGUGGAAUGUCUCCUUUCAUUAGAAAAGUGUAUACCAUGUCAGACAUUCCAUUUUUGAAUGAGCCCACAGACGUUUCCUCAUCUUCAGAACUAUUAGUACAAGAAGAAGAGUCCAUAAUUGUUAAGCUAGAUCAAGAAUAUUUCCUUCCUUUCUUCACAGGAGCCAGCACAUCAAAAGAUGCCUACGACCGUGUGACCGACAAGACAACAGCUAAGCAAUUAGAAAGAGCUGAAGUUCAAACUAGUGACUCUGAAGAUGCAUAG